GGAGUCAGCAGUUCAACGCAAAUGGGAAAUGCCUCAGAUGCAUCAGCCUUGUUCAUCUCCACCAUCUCCAAGAGGCAAGACUUUCUCAUGGGGUCACUCUACACCAUAUUCUUUAUACUGUCCCUCGUUGGCAAUGUCGUUCUGCUAUUCGUUGCACAUCGUAAACGCUCGUCCUUGAAGCCGGCCGAGUUCUUCAUCAUCAAUCUCGCCAUCAGCGACCUUGGGAUGACGCUCUCCCUGUUCCCUUUGGCCAUACCGUCCGCUUUUGCACAUAAGUGGCUGUUUGGUGAGAUUACCUGUCAGGCCUAUGCAAUGUGUGGAGUACUUUUUGGCCUAAGCAGCUUGACCAACCUCACCGCUCUUUCCCUAGUUUGCUGCCUUAAAGUCUGUUUCCCAAACCACGGUAACAAGUUCUCCUCGUCUCACGCUUGCCUCCUGGUGGUUGGAGUGUGGUGUUACGCGUCAGUGUUUGCUGUGGGCCCCUUGGCCCAGUGGGGGCAAUACGGCGCCGAGCCCUACGGCACAGCCUGCUGCAUCGACUGGCAUGCGCCCAACCAGAAGUCAAGUGCUUUGUCUUACAUCGUCUGCCUCUUCCUGUUUUGCUACGCUGUGCCCUGCACCAUCAUCUUCUUCUCCUACACUUUCAUCCUUCUGACGGUGCGAGGGUCGCGCCAGGCCGUCCAGCAGCACGUGUCACCGCAGACUAAGACCACCAAUGCACACACACUGAUUGUCAAGUUGUCAGUGGCGGUUUGCGUGGGUUUCCUGGGUGCUUGGACCCCAUACGCAGUAGUUGCCAUGUGGGCUGCCUUCAGUGACGCCACCAAGGUUUCUCCCACUGCGUUUGCUGCGGCAGCCAUCUUCGCCAAGUCCUCCACGAUCUACAACCCCGUGGUCUACCUGCUGUGCAAGCCCAACUUUCGCAAGUGUCUGUACAGAGACACAUCCACAUUUCGCCAGAGGAUCUGCAGGGGGAGUCCGCGGCCGGAGCAGAAAGAACCCUUUGGCUCGACCUUGCAGCCCAACAAGGAGGUGAGCGUCUCCACGCGUUACUCAAAUGGACAGCAGGAGAGCCACGGGGUGUGUCAGCACUGCGCUGGGGACGGGGGGCAGUGCCCCGCCACCACACCCCAGAGGACCACCCGCAUCCUGACGGGGUCCACCAACAGCGAGGUGACGGUCAGCCAUCUCCCAGCCAAAUUACAGGCCGAACUCCUCUAG